GGCUACGGGGCUGGCGUGCGUCCCGGGUCCCGAGCGAGUGCGGGGCCGCGGGGCUAGAGCGGCCCGUCCCCGUGAUGCCUGCGCUUGGGGGUCUGCGAGCUGUGGCCGGGGGUGGGGGGUGGGGGCUGCUGCGGCACGCACUUGGCCGCAGGGGGUGUGUGUCCUUGGUUUGCGGAGUCGUGAGUGUGAGUGUGUGUGCGCGCGCGCUCGGUGGGUGGGGACGGGGGGCUUCUGCGGGCGUACGUGUCCGCAGUGCGUGUCACGGUCGCGCCGUGGCAUCGUGGGGCCGUGGCUUCGGGGUUGGUGGCUUGCACCGGGCGGGCUCUGUCUUGCCCGCGCGUGUUCCUGGGUUGAGUGCGUGAAAGAGGAGGGGUGUGGGGGUGUGUGUGUCAGCACCUCCAUUUGUGUCGAGAGCGUGUGUAAUUGUGUUUAUGGGUCUGAGCUAAUAUUUGGCCUUGGCUUUUGGGGAGUGUCCUUGCCCGUGGUUGGGGGGGACUGGGCAGGCGAUUCAGGAUUGACUGGGGGUAGAGGUGAUAAAACACUCAACUUUGCCCAGUGGGUGUGGUCCCUGGGGCUGGUUGGGGCAGGGGGUUGGGUGGUUAGUGUCGCUCCCCCAACCCGUGGCUCGGAGCGGGCUGGGGGAGGGGGGCAGGAAACCAGUUGCUUUCGUGGACUUGUCCAACACUUGCUCUCGGGAUGGGACGCUUGUCACUCCUGACCCACCCACCAGGGACAGGUCAGGAAAGCGUUGCCCAGGUCAGCAAGGCCUCCUUCCAGCCCCCCACCUCGGUGCCGGGCUGGGGUGGAGGGGAGCUGCCGUGGCCCCAGGAGACGACCGUGGAGCUGAGCUGUGGUGCGGGGCCCCUGGAAGUGAUCCUGGGCCCAGGGCAAACUGCAGUGCUGGCCUGUAGUCUGGGGGCCGCCGGACCCCCCACCAGCACCACAUGGAGCAAGGACGGAGGCGCCCUGCCGGAGCACGACCACCUGCGCCUGCUGCCCAAUGGCUCUCUGUGGCUGUCCCAGCCGCCCGCACCCGACGGCAGUGACGAGGCAGCCCCCAGCGUCUCAGAGGUCAUUGAGGGCAGCUACUCUUGCCUGGCCCACGGCCCCCUGGGAGUGGUGGCCAGCCAGGCUGCGGUGGUCAAGCUCGCCACACUCGCAGGCUUCUCUCUGCACCCGGAGUCUCAGGUGGUGGAGGAGAAUGGGACCGCUCGGUUUGAGUGCCACAUUGAAGGGCUGCCAGCUCCCGUCAUCACCUGGGAGAAGGACCAGGUCCCAGUGCCGGAGGAGCCUCGGCUCAUCAUUCUCCCCAACGGGGUCCUCCAGAUCCUGGACAUUCAGGAGAGUGACGCAGGCUCCUACCGCUGCGUGGCCACCAGCUCUGUCAGCCAGCGAUUCAGCCAGGAGGCCCUACUCAGUGUCGCCCACAGAGGGUCCCUGGCGUCCACCAGGGGGCAGGACGUGGUCAUCGUGGCAGCCCCGGAGAACACCACGGUGGUUUCUGGCCAGAGUGUGGUGAUGGAAUGUGUGGCCUCCGCUGACCCCACCCCUUUUGUGUCCUGGGUACGACAGGAUGGGAAACCCAUCUCCACGGACGUCAUCGUCCUGGGCCGCACCAACCUACUCAUCAGCAGCGCGCAGCCCCGGCACUCGGGCGUCUACGUGUGCCGCGCUAACAAGCCCCGCACGCGCGACUUCGCCACCGCCGCCGCUGAGCUCCGCGUGCUGGCGGCCCCGGCCAUCUCGCAGGCGCCCGAGGCGCUGUCGCGGACGCGGGCGAGCACCGCGCGCUUCGUGUGCCGCGCGGCCGGGGAGCCGCGGCCCGCACUGCGCUGGCUGCACGACGGGGCGCCGCUGCGGCCCAACGGGCGCGUCAAGGUGCAGGGUGGCGGCGGCAGCCUGGUCAUCACGCAGAUCGGCCUGCAGGACGCCGGCUACUACCAGUGCGUGGCCGAGAACAGCGCAGGCACCGCGUGCGCCGCCGCGCCCUUGGCCGUAGUGGUGCGCGAAGGGCUGCCCAGCGCCCCAACGCGGGUCACGGCCACGCCGCUGAGCAGCUCCACGGUGCUGGUGGCGUGGGAGCGGCCCGAGCUGCACAGCGAGCAGAUCAUCGGCUUCUCCCUCCACUACCAGAAGGCACGGGGCAUGGACAAUGUGGAAUACCAGUUUGCAGUGAACAAUGACACCACAGAGCUGCAGGUUCGGGACCUGGAACCCAACACCGAUUAUGAGUUCUACGUGGUGGCCUACUCCCAGCUGGGGGCCAGCCGUACCUCUAGCCCAGCGCUGGUCCACACACUGGACGAUGUCCCCAGUGCAGCGCCCCAGCUCUCCCUGUCCAGCCCCAACCCCUUGGACAUCAGGGUGGCGUGGCUGCCCCUGCCUCCCAGCCUGAGCAAUGGGCAGGUGGUGAAGUACAAGAUAGAAUACGGUUUGGGAAAGGAAGCAGAUCAGGUUGUCUCCACCGAGGUGCCUGGAAACGAGACACAGUUGACGCUCAGUGCCCUUCAGCCCAACAAGGUGUACCGAGUACGGAUUUCGGCGGGCACCGGGGCUGGCUACGGGACCCCCUCCCAGUGGAUGCAGCACCGGACGCCCAGCGUGCACAACCAGAGCCACGUCCCUUUUGCCCCUGCAGAGCUGAAGGUCCGGGCAAGGAUGGAGUCCCUGGUGGUGUCGUGGCAGCCGCCCCCUCACCCCGCCCAGAUCUCUGGCUACAAACUCUACUGGCGGGAGGUGGGAGCUGAGGAGGAGGCCGAUGGCGAGAGUCCUCCAGGGGGCCGCGGAGACCAGGCUUGGGAUGUGGGGCCUGUCCGGCUCAAGAAGAAAGUGAAGCAGUAUGAGUUGACCCAGUUAGCCCCUGGCCGGCUGUACGAGGUGAAGCUUGUGGCAUUCAACAAACAUGAGGAUGGCUACGCGGCAGUGUGGAAGGGCAAGACAGAAAAGGCUCCCACACCAGACUUGCCCAUCCAGAGGGGACCACCCUUGCCCCCCGCCCAUGUCCACGCGGAAUCGAACAGCUCCACGUCCAUCUGGCUUCGGUGGAAAAAGCCAGACUUCACCACAGUCAAGAUUGUCAACUACACCGUGCGCUUCAGCCCCUGGGGGCUCAGGAACGCCUCCCUGGUCACCUAUUACACCAGCUCUGGAGAAGACAUUCUCAUUGGUGGGCUGAAGCCUUUCACCAAGUAUGAGUUCGCAGUACAGUCCCACGGCGUGGACAUGGACGGGCCUUUCGGAUCCGUGGUAGAACGCUCCACCCUGCCUGACCGGCCCUCAACGCCCCCAUCUGACCUGCGCCUGAGCCCCCUGACACCAUCCACCGUUCGGCUGCACUGGUGCCCCCCCACCGAGCCCAAUGGGGAGAUCGUGGAGUAUCUCAUCCUCUACAGCAACAACCACACCCAGCCCGAGCACCAGUGGACCCUGCUUACCACGGAGGGAAACAUCUUCAGUGCUGAGGUGCAUGGCCUCGAGAGCGACACAAGGUAUUUCUUCAAGAUGGGGGCACGCACAGAGGUGGGGCCUGGGCCCUUCUCUGGCCUGCAGGAUGUUAUCACUCUCCAGGAGAAGCUCUCAGACUCCUUGGAUGUGCAUUCAGUCACAGGCAUCAUUGUAGGUGUCUGCCUGGGCCUCCUUUGCCUCCUGGCCUGCAUGUGUGCCGGACUGCGCCGCAGCCCCCACAGGUGGGUGAAGGAGCCAGUCUGCCUGCAGAGAAGAGAAACUUCCAGAAGGGCAGCGGAGAUGAGAGGGGAAGCCCUCCCAGGCCUGUCCUCCACAACUAAUACUGGGAACCCCGCCCUGUACUCUCGAGCCCGCCUUGGCCCUCCUAGCCCACCAGCUGCCCAUGAACUGGAGUCCCUUGUGCACCCCCGUCCCCAGGACUGGUCUCCACCGCCCUCAGACAUGGAGGACAGGGCUGAAGUGCACAGCCUUAUGGGAGGCGGUGCUUCAGACUGCCGGGGUCACUCCAAAAGAAAGAUCUCCUGGGCUCAGCCAGGUGGGCCAAGCUGGGCAGGUUCCUGGGCAGGCUGUGAGCUGCCCCAUGCAGGUGCCAUGCCUUCUCUGACCCGGGCUCUGCUGCCCCCUGCUGGAACGGGGCAGACACUGUUGCUGCAGGCUCUGGUGUAUGAUGCCAUAAAGGGCAACGGUAGGAAGAAGCCACCCCCAGCCUGCAGGAAUCAGGUGGAGGCUGAAGUCAUCGUCCACUCCGACUUCGGCGCAUCCAAAGGGAACCUUGACCUCCACCUCCAAGACCUGGAGCCUGAGGACCCCCUGCCUCCAGAGGCUGCUGCCCUCCCUUCGGGAGUCACAGAUCUAGGGCAAGGGGUAGACUGGCUGGACAGGGAGCUGGGAGGGUGUGAGCAGGCAAGCCCUGGGCCAGACAGACUCACCUGCCUGCCAGAGGCAGCCAGCGCUUCUUAUCCGUACCCAGACCUCCAGCCCAGUGAAGCUCUGGAGGAGGCCCCCGGGAGCAGCUGCCAGCCAAAGGCCCCCUGCCCGCUAGGAACCAGCCCAGGCCUGCCCAGAGCCCCAGUCCCCUCCUCUGCCUAGCUCCCCUAGAGGGUGCAGUUUGGGGCAGGCUAGGAUGGAUCAUGGGACAUGGCCCAUGUGGCUGAGUAGGUAUGCCCAUGUACCUGCAGUUCCUGAGCAUCGUCACGGUGUCUGAAGCCUCCCCAGGGGCUGUGGCUGUGGGGAGAGGAAGAAAUGGGAGUAUCCACUCCCCCCACACUCUGCCACCUGUCCUGUGGGAGGGACCUGUGAGGCAUGGCUCUAUGUGACGUGCACAUGUAUGCGCUAGCUGGACAACUGGGAGACUUUGGCCAGGUAGAGGUCCCAGUGGCCUAAUUGAUCCUCCAGGUCAGGAUAGUGCCCCAGAGUGGUUAGUCCCUAGCCCUGUGGGCAUCCCACCUCUGUCACCCAGCUGUUUAUUACACACUCUGAGAGUGUCUGCAAUGCCCUGUCUGACAAAGACAGCCCCGGCCCAUUUCCCCUUCUGGCUGGGCUGAGUGCAGUAGGCUCUGGUUGCCUAGCAUCUUCGUCUUGUCACUACCCAUUGGUCUUGUCACUACCCAUCGCUGGUGUCACUACCCAUCGCCCAGUCCCUAUUGCCCCAACUGAGAGGGUGAUUCUGGCUCCCCUCAGAGCAACUCUGCAUUUCAUUUUGUCAUUUGGGAAGUGCCCGGUUUUGGAAAUCCUUUGCCCUGGCUCUCCUGUCCUCCCUUCCCCUCCACUCCUCUUGUGCUCUGUCUCCAGUCAGCCCCCUGCUCCCAGUUCUGCCCUGCUCUUCCUCUGGGAUCCGCUUUCCUGUCCACUCCGCUGUUUCUCUGUCUCCUGUCUCGGCUGUCUCCCACCGCCAUCCCGGACUGCGUCAUGUGGUUCACCUGCCUGGGGUCAAUCUCUGCACCCUUCCCUAACAACAUGACUACCUCACGUCUGCUCUGAGGCCACAGCCUGACUUCUGUGUCCGCCAUCCACUUCACCAGCCAUCCUCCUGCCCCUCUUCUCUUUGUGCCACCAUAUGCCCCCGCCCCAGGCAGACUGCCCCUCUUAGGGGAAGAUCUUCCAGUUUCCCUUGUGUCUUUCUCCCUGGGAUUAAGGUUGGAGGAUUCUCCUUGGAGUUAGGUGAUGAAAGUCACACAGGGGGGCUUCUGAGACAGGGAAAAGGGAAUGUGACUUCUCCCUUUGAGGCAUGGAGGCAGGGUUGCUGGAUGGAGGGGGUUUGGGCUCUUCCUUCCCAGCUGAAGCUGAAAGGGGAGAAGGAGACUGGGGAUGGGGGGCACCACAGUCCAGGAGCUUCCCUCCCACUCUGCACACCUGGAACAGGAGCUCAUGGAUGGGGGGGUGAGGGGAGUUUCACCCUUUGGGGGCUGGCACUGAGGUCUUUGCACAGGACAAGGGUAAUUUUGUUGUUGUUGUUUUUUCUCCUUUAAAUUCAAUCCUAAAGUCCUUUUCCAUUGACCUGUCACACAGGGACAAGCUGGACUUCUAUUUCCUGUGUAGAGAAAACAAGGUCAUUUAUUUGAUUUUGUACCCCAGCCUCUCCUUGGAGCUUAGGAUGUGGGGGCUUUUCUCCCUAAAUGCAUCUUUUUUAACUGAUCAGCACAUCAAGGGUUAAUGCUGGCUUCUGGGCCAAAUUAGAAAUAACCAGUCUAUCUUUCCCCUCUUCUUCUUCUUCUUCUUCUUUUUUUUUUUUUAAUGGUGACAUGUCUCUCAAGCAGAGUUGCGGCUCCCUCAGACCCUUUCAGCAUCU